GGGGUCAGUCCGUCAAUCCGGGUUAAUGAUCUUCGUCAGCUUUUCGCGCAAAACGCAGCGGCAGUCAGUGGCCCUCCUCAUGCAAAUGAAAAUAUACUCGAAAAACAACCUUUCGGACCUCACUGGGACAGCUUGUGCGUUAUAACUUGCGUAGUGCUCUCCUCCUUUUUUAGUUUUGAAAUCUAGUGCGCGAAGCUAUACGAUUCGUUAAAUCCGUUUUAUUUAGUUGUUAGAUAUAUAUUAGAGUUAGUUCUGCGGUAACAAAUUAUUGAAAUUUUUAAUAAACUAAUAGUGGCGAAAUUUAUAUUAAUUUAUCAUUUACCAAAAUCUAUAGUUACCAAAGUCACCGUCCAUUCGAUCAUAAAACUGUACAGAUUUAUUUUGUUUUUGUUAAUAUCUUUUUCUGCAACACUUCCGUCAUUUGAUAAGUGAAAUUUUUGUGCCGCAAAAGUGUUUUCUCGUGUUUAAUAUCAGCAGCCCGAUUUUUUUUGUUGAAUUUCAAUUUUAAACGCAACCAUGGUGUACAAAAAGGAUAUUGGAACCCGCGUUGCAAAUGCAUGCUUUUCCCAGCGGUACAUUCUGGCCAUAAUGGGCUGCGCAGGGGUGGCCAACGCGCUUAUCAUGAGGGCCUGUCUCAGCAUCACCAUCACUCAAAUGGUCCGGCCUUCGAACCACACUUCAGAAUCGGGAGAAAUCUAUCAUGACCCGGACGCCUGUCCCGCCCUCCCCGUCACACCAGCGAACCCCUCCAAACCGGUGCACCCUGGCGAGUUCGACUGGGAUGAAAAAACGCAAGGAAAAAUAUUAUCAGCCUUUUACUAUGGUUACAUCUUCACCCACAUUCCUGGCGGCCUGUUAUCUGAAAAAUUUGGAGGAAAAUAUACUUUGGGGCUUGGAAUUUUCUCGACAGCAAUUUUCACCCUGCUCACUCCUUGGGCGGCGAGAAUGGGAUCUGAUGAGCUCAUCGCCCUGCGCUUCAUCGAAGGACUUGGAGAGGGAACGACAUUUCCAGCGCUGUGUACAUUACUGGCUCAAUGGGCUCCACCUUUGGAGAGAAGUAAAUUGUCAUCCAUUGUAUUUGCAGGCGUUCAAAUUGGCAACGUAAUGGCCAACUCGAUGAGCAGUCUCAUAUUGGAAUUCAUACCUGGUGGAUGGCCAUGGGUGUUCUAUAUUUUUGGCGGUGUUGGCAUGGUCUGGUGUGUUUUAUGGUGUCUUCUUUGCUACAACGAUCCAUCUUCGCACCCGUACAUCACAGAGAAAGAAAAGCGUUACCUUCAGGAGACUAUUGGUCAAAUUGAGAGGAAAAAGGAUUUGGGACCAAUGCCUUGGAAAGCUAUCCUAACAUCUGGACCAGUUUGGGCCCUUAUUAUUGCUGAAGUGGGUCAUGAUUGGGGUCUGUACACAAUGGUUACCGAUCUGCCUAAGUACAUGAACGACGUCAUGCAUUUCAGCGUAGCUCAGAAUGGAAUUUUAUCAUCACUACCGUACCUUGUGAUGUGGGUUUUCUCCAUAUCGACUAGUGCACUGGCCGACUGGCUCCUCAAAGUAGAGUACAUGUCAAUCACAACUUUAAGACGUUCUUUCGCGACAUUAGGGGCUGUAGUACCUGGAUUAGGUUGCCUGGCUGCCUCAUACGUCGGUUGCGACAAAGUGGCCGUUUCGGUGCUUUUCACGGCAGGUAUGGGCUUCAUGGGCUUCUGCUACGCCAGUCUUCGCGUUAACUCCUUGGAUCUGAGCCCCAACUACUCCGGCACCAUCAUGGCUCUCGUCAACGGUAUUGGCUGCAUUUCUGGCAUGGGCACCCCCUACAUCGUUGGAAUUCUUACACCAAAU